GUUAAUGAGCUGGGCUUGCUGCCGACGCGGCUAGGAGCACAGCGGUCCCGCAGCGGUUCCAGCUGAAGUGGCACCCGUCUUUCGCUACCCCUUGUUCCUGGGUUGCUAUCCUUGAAGACCGUCCUCGACUUUUCUUUAUCCUUCCCCGUUUAUCCUCCCCAUUUAUCCUCUCAAUCCCUUCAUCACAGCCCCCAGCACCUGAAUACCCACCACUCCGGGCGACCCCACGGUUUUUCUUUCCCGCCGCAAAACCCGCGACCUCCAGCAGCCCGCCCCCGCGGGCCCGAUCCCGUUUGGCGGCUCUAGCUGCAGCCUUCUCAGCCUUCCCGCUCUCCCUAGGAUCGCGCUAUUACCACACCGGUGUCUGCCCUCGGACUUCCCCGCUCCCUCGGAGCCCCCUCCCCCGCCCUGGCUAUCCGGUAUGCAGGUGUCUAUCGCGUGUACCGAGCAGAACCUUCGCAGCCGGAGCAGUGAGGACCGUCUCUGUGGACCCCGGCCCGGUCCUGGGGGCGGUAAUGGAGGGCCAGUGGGCGGAGGGCAUGGGAACCCUCCGGGGGGUGGAGGAUCGAGCUCGAAGUCACGAGCUGCAGUGGUCCCCAGACCCCCAGCACCUGCUGGGGCCCUUCGAGAGAGCACCGGCCGAGGCACUGGCAUGAAAUACAGGAACCUAGGAAAGUCUGGACUCCGGGUGUCCUGUCUUGGCCUUGGUACCUGGGUCACAUUUGGCUCUCAGAUCUCAGAUGAGACAGCAGAAGAUCUCCUGACAGUCGCCUAUGAGCACGGCAUAAACCUGUUUGACACUGCUGAAGUGUACUCGGCAGGAAAGGCUGAAAGAACCCUUGGCAAUAUUCUCAAGAGCAAAGGCUGGAGGAGAUCAAGCUAUGUUAUCACCACCAAAAUUUUUUGGGGCGGACAGGCAGAAACUGAGCGUGGCUUGAGUCGCAAACACAUCAUUGAAGGCUUGCAAGGAUCCCUGGACCGCCUCCAACUGGAAUAUGUUGACAUAGUAUUCGCCAAUCGUUCAGACCCUAACAGUCCUAUGGAGGAGAUUGUGAGAGCCAUGACCUAUGUCAUCAACCAGGGCCUGGCCCUAUACUGGGGGACAUCCAGAUGGAGUGCUGCAGAAAUCAUGGAGGCCUACUCCAUGGCCAGACAGUUCAAUCUGAUCCCUCCUGUGUGCGAACAAGCGGAGAACCACUUCUUUCAGAGGGAGAAGGUGGAGAUGCAGCUGCCUGAGCUCUACCACAAAAUUGGUGUUGGCUCAGUCACUUGGUCCCCCCUGGCGUGUGGCCUCAUUACUAGCAAGUAUGAUGGGCGAGUUCCGGAUACUUGCAAAGCCACUGUCAAGGGCUACCAGUGGCUCAAAGAAAAAGUGCAGAGUGAGGAAGGCAAGAAGCAACAAGCCAGAGUGAUGGAUCUUCUCCCCACUGCUCACCAGCUAGGCUGCACCGUGGCCCAACUAGCAAUAGCCUGGUGUCUCCGAAGCGAGGGUGUCAGCUCAGUUUUACUGGGGGUGUCCAGUGCAGAGCAGCUGAUGGAACAUCUGGGCUCCCUACAGGUGCUGAGUCAGCUGACGCCGCAAACGGUGGUGGAAAUAGAUGCGCUCUUGGGGAACAAAUCGCAUUCCAAGAAAUAGUCCGUUGGGGGCGCGGGGACCCAAUGCGGAGUGAUUGCACCCUCUGGAAAGCCACUUUCCUGCACCUGCAAUCAGCUCCGGCUCCCCACCGACCAAACCCUGCUCCCACGCAGCGCCGCGGCAGAAUCAGGGUAGCCCCGCCCACCAACGAGUCCCGGCUUCGAGUAGCGAUUCGCAUGAACAAAGCCAUAUCCUUUCACCGUGGGGCGCCGGCACGGGAGAGAAAGUAGAUCUCCCGCCCACUCUCUACGCCCCAACUGUUCCUAGAGCUAGGCCUUCUCGCUGAUCUAGGGCAUGAGCCUUCUCCUCUCGGCCAUUUGGUCUUGCACCGCUCUGCUCAUUUCUUCCCCCUAUUGCUGAAACCCAGAAAACAUCGAGCAGCUAAAAGAAACAUUGAGACUAUCUCAAAAAUGGGCCUUGAAAUGUCAUCAAGGGGGCAAGAACCUACACCGGCAACGGGGCUUUGUAGUAUUUGUUUAAUAGAAGCCAGGCUGGCCCUGGCAGAAAGUAAUUAUAAUCUUUGGAAUGCAGACUCCUGCCUCCUGCCUGGAGGUGGAAGAAUUAAGUCUAGAACUAGGGUCACACUCUGUGUUUACAGAGAGGGGAUAAAGUUGGGGAAGACAAAUGUUGACAAAGGCAGAAAGAAAUGUACUGGCUGUGUCGCAGAAAUGACAAAGUGGCACUUGGAAAACAAAGUUCUUUGGAGGAUUUAGUGCAUGUGGUCCACUGGCAAAGAUGUAAAAGAUCUGGGGGAAAACUUGGGCUCGAACUGGACUUAGUAUGUAGCAGCAGAUGACUUUAGUCGUCUUCCUGGCAAUAGACCUAAAGCAAUAAAGAUGGCCCCUCUGCUGUAAGACUUCCCAGGGAACUGUAAAUAAAAUCUCAGCUUGA